AUGCAGUCUCAUAAUGUUCUCAUAGUAUUCGCAAAAGCUUCUCACGAGGCAUGGCAUCGCUGCGACUGCGUUCCAGUGGGCAACGACGGAUCUGUACAUGUGGUCUGUCAUCGACUGCUCGCUUCUACCGUGCCCUCUCUUCCCACCGUCAGCUAUCAACCUCAACCAACACCUAAUGUUAUAGCCCUAUCGAUGACCGAAGGUGAUCUCACAUUUAUUCAACAAGACGCAUUUCGGAUGAACGACAUUCAAGCGCUUGAUUUCUCUGACAAUCAAAUUCAGACGGUUAAUGUGAACGCUUUUCGCGGGCUUGAAAUGAAGCUCACACACUUGAGUCUCAGAAGGAACAACCUAACGGUGAUACCUACUUGGGCGCUAACUUAUCUACAUCAGUUGCAAGUCUUGCGCUUAGAUGGAAAUCGUAUCAGUCAUAUCCGAGCCAACACAUUUGAUGAGACACAACUCAACAACCUUCACUUCCUACAUCUAGACAACAAUCAGAUACAACUCAUUCCAAACAUGGCUUUUGCGAGACUACGAUUAAUCGUACUUACGCUGUCAAACAAUCGAAUUACACAUUUGGAAAAACUGUCUCUGCCAUCUUCGAUAAGUAUCCUCGAAUUAAAGAAUAAUUUGCUAACUGAGAUUCCAUACCUAGCUCUAAAGGAUAAGACUGCAUUACAAGUUCUAGACUUUGAUGGAAACAACAUUUCAUCUCUGCAAUACAACCCAGAAGUCUCGUUCAAAACCGAGUUGAACCUUGUUCUACGAAAUAACAAUAUUCGAAGUUUAUCAGCCACGUCUUUGAAAAGCUUCAGAAAAUUCAAAGAACUUGAUAUAAGUUACAACCAAAUAUCCAGUGUUCAUCGAAGUGCAUUUGAAAGCAUCAGUCAUAUAAAGGCACUCGAUUUGAGCUAUAACUCUAUCGCAUAUAUAGAACGCGGAACGUUCAAGAAUUUGGCAAAGAAUUUGGAGCGAUUGAAUCUUGAAGGAAACAUUUUUCAUGCCUUACCAGAAGCUCUGGGUGACCUAUGGAAUUUAACCCACUUAAAUUUAAAUGGAAACAAAUUAACUAGGUUGGACAACAAGAUACUAGACGGACUGAAGAAUGAACUUGUGGAGCUUUCGCUGGCUUAUAAUCGACUGAAGAUUGUUUCAUUGGACGUGUUUAUUGGAAUGACCCGACUGCAACACCUAGACUUAUCCAAGAACAAUAUCAACAGACUUGACAGAUCAUUAUUAAGCACAUCUAUUGGAAUGGGAACAAACUUGGCAUAUUUGGACUUAGCUGGAAACCAAAUUAAGAGCAUAGACGAUAAAGACACAUUUCUUUACAUGGGAUCAUUAGCCCAUUUUGAUCUCUCCUAUAACCAAAUCGAAGAAAUUGAACCAAAAUCCAUCGAAAAGUUGGCACGAUUGGAAAAGCUUUAUCUACAGAACCAACUGCGUAUAAUUGACUCACUGACUACGAAUUUUGCGUUUUCCGAGCUCCCUAGCUUGCGCUAUCUCGAUCUAUCAAACAAUGUGAUCGUGCAAAUACUUCCACAGGCUUUUGCAGCAUUACCAGUUCUCGAAACCUUACUACUUCAUAAUAACAAUAUCAAAGCAAUUGAUAAAUUAGCGUUCCAACAUCUCGAUAAAAUAGAAUCACUGGACAUUAGCCACAAUUUGCUGAAAAAUUUCAGCUGUGACUACCUCGGUUCAGUACGGAUAAUCUACAACCUUAACCUUGCUCACAACCUUAUCACAGAGACGGAUCUUAUGUGCAUACUACGAAGUCUAGUACGACUAAAUCUAGCAAACAACUUUCUGGAAACUACCAAAAAGGUUAUUCUGGAUGGAGCUGACGCAUUGCGUGAAAUGAGCUUAAGGAACAAUGGAAUUUUCGAGAUUCAGAACAACGCUUUUAUUUGUUGCCCGAAGUUGUCCAUGAUCGAUCUUUCACAUAAUCAUCUGCGGAUGAUCCGAAAGGAAACAUUUCUCCAACAAGAGUUUCUCCACUAUUUGGAUAUAAGCCACAACGGUUUGCAAAGCUUUCAACCGGGAUGUUUUGGCAAAAAUAAUAUUCUCUCGCUUAACAUCGCCUCAAAUGAGCUCGAUCGAAUACCGACCGAAGCACUAGAAGCGAUUUCCGACAUGUUAACAACACUCAAUCUGAACAACAACCGAAUACGAACACUCGAUGCGACACAAUUUCUUGGACUACGAAAUCUCACCCAGCUGACUAUCUCAGGAAAUCUCAUUGAAGCUAUCGAAGAAGCCGCUUUUGAACACCUUCCUGUCCUUAAAUAUCUCGACAUCAGUGAUAACCCUGUGACUACAUGGAGCCCAUCUGCGUUUAAGGAUAUGAGUAGCAGUAUACACACUCUAAACCUUGCGAAUACGGGACUCUUCUCCAUACCAAGAAUGAGCUACUAUGCAAUUCAGAACUUUAACCUUAGCAUGAACAAGAUCCAUAACAUCGAUCGAUCAGAUAUAGCAAGAACUUCCCAACUUGUUUCUCUCGACAUCUCAUUUAACAACUUACUACGACUCCAAGACAAUGUGUUUGUUGAUCUUAUCUAUCUCAAAACAUUGAACAUUAAAAAAAUGUUACUUUAUCUCGAAACGCUAUCCAUGCACGACUUGAUGUCGUUAUCGAAACUUCCUGAACCACCGGACUUCUCUCAUCUCGUAUACAACAUUGCCUCUAGCUUCCAACAGUACGAAAUAACAAAAAUUAUUCAACAUCUUCCACCGUUACGAUCACUUCAUAUUGAGCUACGAGAGUCAGUAAUCGAUACACAGCUUAAUGACAUUGACAUGGCCCAUAUGCGACAAUUUACACUAACUGGAAAAAAUAUCACUAACAUAAGCUCUAUCGCAUUUCAUAUGCUCAGAGGAUACCGUUUUCAUUUAUCAAUUACGGGUACAUCUAUACGUGAAUUUCCUGAAUCACUAUUUACUGCACUUGACAAUAUCCAUUUUUUAUCACUGUAUUUGCGUAACAACCAAAUCCGAUCGAUCAAUCCAUUCAAGAACACAGUUCAACCAGUGGUCAAUCAAUAUGGUACAAUUCUGGAGUCAAUCGACAUAGAGAAUCCAAUCCAGUGUGACUGCUCAAUGUUAUGGGUUUCCAAGUGGAUUCAAUUAUCACCAACGCACGCAAAAGAGUUCGAAAAUGCUCACUGUGAGCAUCACGUCUCCACGGACAAUUCUUUGACUUACAAAUACACCACUGAAUUUGUGAACGGGUCACAAUGCUUUCAACAAAAAGGACGAUCGAUUAACUCAAUAUACCUAACUUUUUUCACUACGUGUAUAAUCGUUCUCGUUUAUGAACAUCAAUAA